GCCUAGCUUCCACUAUGACUGUUUGAUGUCUUCGUUAUGCAAUUUAGCACUCUAAACCGCUGCUAGUAAUCUCUACGAGUGCUCUUAUGUCAUGAGGGGUACGUCGUGGCUAUCUCGAGUUGGGCUUCUCGCCCUCUCGAGCAGCUUGCUCCCAGCUCCUUUCGCUGGAGCAACAGCGCCAAUUGAAGUUGCGCUACGAGCUUCUUUCACUGCUCCGCCUUUGUUAUUAGAACUUCUAGAAACCGCCACAGAAGAAAGCGAGUUCGCGUAUACCCCUUUGCUUGACCGAAUAGCGGAUGGCUACUUUGACGAAUAUACAACGGAUCGAAGUAUAUACGACGCGUUCCUCGAACUAUUACAAAACGAUGGCAUCCUCCCCAAUCAAGAAGCGCUCGACUCAUUUCAAUUCGCUUUCUCCAUACAUUCAGCUGCCCCUCGAAUCGAAGCCCAUCUCCAGUAUUACAACACCUCCGUGCGACCUGCGCGUUCUGUAGAAGGGGAGGGCUGUUCUUCGUGGCUUGAUAUUGCGGGCAGGGCUAUAUGUGCAGUUGAUAUCCAGGCCAAUACUCUUGAGGCGUCAACAUCGGUCGUGGUCGAGCUGCCCUUCGACCGAACCAUCGACCAUAGCAAUUCACCGCCGUCCGCUGUUUUGUAUGCUGAUAUAACAUCAAAGGCUUUCCGGGGCCUGUAUAAGAAGUUGAGGGGUCAAAAUGGCGCAUUUUCGGUGCGUUAUGCUUCACCAACGGAGGUUUCCGGUCAAGAGCUUGGGAUUCAGAGCUACGGCGUGGAACUGGCACUCAAGCGAACCGAUUACAUCGUGAUCGAUGAUAGGGACAAGAAAGUUGACGAUAGCGCUGCCGAAGAAAGGAGCACCGACUCCCAAAAUGCCCUUGUAGAUGUAGAAGUUGAUGAGAUCAAACCGUUGUCAAACACCGAGCUGAAGAGCCUCGGAAUGAAGGCGGCUUCUCUGGUCAUGAAGAGUCCUGAUCCAUUGGAGGGCCUCCUCAAGCUGACCCAGGACUUCCCAAAGUACUCGUCGUCGAUUGCGGAACAAGAAGUAUCGGAGGACUUCUUAAACGAGCAUCGUGCAAAUCGCGAGAUCGUACCUGCCGGCUACAACGUUCUAUGGAUGAACGGCAUGCAAAUGGAUUCGCGCAAGCUGGAUGCCUUUUCUCUCCUUGAGCACCUCCGGAGGGAGCGAAGACUCAUCGAUAGCAUCAAAUCCUUGGGACUUAACUCUACCGAGGCGAUCAAUGUCCUUGCACAUCCAGCCGUUGCUGAUGCCCAGGCCGAUGAGGACCCUCAACGCUACGACUACCGUGAUGAAAUCGAGGGAGGGAAUGUCAUUAUCUGGUUGAAUAACAUCGAGAAAGACGAGAGAUACGACGGUCUACCCUCGAGCGUCACGGCGCUUUUACAGAGAACCUAUCCAGGGCAAUUGCCCGGUGUUCGACGGGAAUUCCAUAAGGGUGUCUUCCCUGCCGAUCUGAGCAACUUGAACGACCUCAGGAUGGUCGUCGAAUCACUGCAAAGCCUUGUCCAGCGACGAAUCCCGGUCGAAUUCGGCAUCGUUCCCACAGUGUCUUCGGAAGAGUCGAAACUUCGUGCACGAGUCACCCACCAUCUAGUUGAGACUUAUGGCCUACACGUGGCGAUGACUUACCUGGAGAAUCUGCUGGAGGCUACAUCCGUGAAGGAUGCAGGACUGAAAGCAUUCAUCGAGGUGACCGAAGACGCGGAACUAAAGAAUGAUCAGGAGAAGUUAAACUUUGAAGAAAUUUUGCAAUCGGACGCAUUGACCGCCAUCCUCGAAGAGACUGAGCACUACAUAUCUCGACUUAGACUUUCUGGCACUCCUGCUCCAGGACUAGUGAAUGGCGUAAGUUGUGUCCGCGAUGAAGAUUGGCUGUCUACAAUGAGCACCCGCGUCUCGUCGGAUCUCCGAAAAGUGCAACGAGGAGUAUUCGACCACAAAUACGACGACGACUCUUGGUUACCCGAUAUAUUCUUGUCAGAAGCGUCGGCGCAUAGGAACCCUCUGGUUGUUCCUGAGGACGAGAAGAGCAUCAAGAUCAUUGAUAUGCUCGAUAUCGGUGCAAGGAUGGCCGAGACUCGUCUUCCACGCAUUUCAUCCACUGCUCCAACUCUUACGAACGCUAGUGCGGAAGUCGUGAUCGCAGGCGAUUUUGAUUCUGAAAGGGGGAAGACUCUGCUUUUGGAAGCCGCGAAAUUCUUCAAAGAACAACCUGGGAUGGACGUUGUGUUCCUUUACACGGGCGAUGGAACGAAGAUGAUGAAUGUUCCGCGUAUCCUCGGGAGCCAUGGCCAAGAUCAAGAAGCCCUCUCUUGGGACAUGCUCAAGGCUGCUAUCAGGAUUGACGACUCGGAAGGGCCGCCAGUUGAGGCUAAUACAUUCCUUGCUCGCGAGUUUUGGGCUACAACAAGUGGCUUGUUGAAGCGGUUCGGUUUACAACCGAGUGUCGGCGCUAUAAUAUUCAAUGGACGAUUGGUCGGACCCAUUGGCGACGGCGACUCAUUCACAAAAGAGGACUUUGAAGGUCUCUUGAAAUAUGAGCAGAGGAAACGCAUGGGUCCUGCGUUCAAAGCCAUCGAGUCCCUCGGAAUCCUUUCGAAAACUCGGGACGUGCAGAGUUUCUCUAAGCUAUCAGUUACAAUUGCCCGAUCAGCGCAGUCCGAUGUCCCCGAAGGUAUAUUCGAGUCUCUCCCGACGGUGAGAACGAAUGUGUAUAGCGAUUGGAACUCUACCCAUACUGCGAUUCAUGUCGGUUCGGUCAAUUCUGCCUCGAUCGAAUUUAUUGCGACGCUCGAUCCUGCAACUGAAGCCGCCCAGAAAUGGGUUCCGAUACUGAAGACUCUAUCGGAAUUGAGCGGAGUAUCGGUAAAGAUCUUCUUGAAUCCUCGGGAAGCUAUCGAUGAACUUCCUGUCAAGCGGUUCUAUCGCUACAUUUUGAACGCCAAACCCCAAUUUAAUGACGAGGGCCAACUUCAGGAACCACGAGCACGGUUUUUGCGCAUUCCGGCAGACACGCUGCUGACAAUGGGUUUGGAUGUCCCGGCACCGUGGCAUGUUGCGCCCAAGCUGUCGGUCCACGAUUUAGACAAUAUCAAGCUUGAGAAAGGGAACGUCGACGAGCCGGUCGAGGCUAUCUAUGCGCUUGAACACAUUCUUGUUGAGGGACAUUCGCGCGAAGUGAGCAAUGGGGCGCCACCUCGAGGCGCACAGCUUAUAUUGGCCACGGAGUCCGGCGUUCAAGUGGCAGACACCAUCAUCAUGGCCAACUUAGGCUACUUCCAGUUCAAAGCAAAUCCUGGACGAUACAGCAUUGGAUUGAAAAAAGGACGAAGCGCUGAAAUUUUCAAAAUCGACAGUGUCGGCGCAAUGGGAUACUCAUCUCAUCCAGGAGACGAAACGACCGAAGUGACUUUGAUGAGUUUCGCCGGGCUGACGCUAUUCCCGAGGCUGUCUCGCCAGCCCGAUAUGGAUACGGAAGACGUGCUCGAACAAGCUUCGUCUGCCGUGGAAGAAACGCUCUCUAACCUUUCGGGUGCAGCGGAUCAAGUGCUAGAGAAAGUUGGAAUCAAGAACGCCAAUACUGGGAAAUUCGUCUCACAAGGCAUGGGCAUGAUUUCAUCACUGGCACGCAAAACCGGCAUCAAGACUGAUCUCUCCCAUGCCGCGACGCACGCAGAUAUCAACAUCUUCUCCGUCGCCAGUGGCCACCUCUACGAGCGCAUGCUCAACAUCAUGAUGGUCAGCGUGAUGCGACACACCGAACAUACGGUCAAAUUCUGGUUCAUCGAGCAAUUCCUGUCCCCGUCGUUCAAGUCCUUCCUCCCGACCAUGGCCGCCCAAUACGGCUUCCGGUACGAAAUGGUCACAUACAAAUGGCCGCACUGGCUGCGCGCACAGAAAGAGAAGCAACGCGAGAUCUGGGGCUACAAGAUCCUCUUCCUCGACGUCCUCUUCCCCCUGGACCUCGACAAGGUCAUCUUCGUCGACGCUGACCAGAUCGUCCGCACCGACAUGCACGACCUGGUCGCCCACGACCUGCACGGCGCCCCCUACGGUUUCACACCCAUGUGCGACUCCCGCACUGAGAUGGAAGGCUUCCGCUUCUGGAAGCAGGGCUACUGGAAGAACUUCCUGCGCGGCCGCCCCUACCACAUCUCUGCGCUGUACGUCGUCGACCUGCAGCGGUUCCGCCAGCUGGCCGCAGGCGACCGUAUGCGCCAGCAGUACCAGCAGCUGUCCGCCGACCCGAACAGCCUGAGCAACCUGGACCAGGACCUUCCGAACAACAUGCAGAUAGGGCUGCCGAUCCACAGCUUGCCGCAGGAGUGGCUGUGGUGCGAGACGUGGUGCAGCGACGAGAGCUUGGCGACGGCGAAGACGAUCGAUCUGUGUAAUAAUCCGUUGACGAAGGAGCCGAAGUUGGAUCGGGCAAGGAGGCAGGUGCCCGAGUGGACCGAGUACGAUGAGGAAAUCGCGGCCCUGGCGAGGCGCAUGGGGGAAGGUGUUGUAGCAGAGGGGAAGGAAAGUGCUGCCGGGGCAUCGACGUCAAAAGGAGCAUCUACAAAGGACGAGUUAUAGAAACUGAAGAGACUUACGAUGGUGGCAUUGGAUGAGAAAUUCCAGCGAUUGUACGUGUAUAAUACAUUAGUUAGGGAUUUAGAACCAUGAUAGGCGUUCGUCCAAGGACCCGAAGGAGGG